AGCUGCCAGUGGAUUAGCGCAUUUUGCAUGGGUAAAGUCAAAACAUGCUGUACAAAUAUAGCGCUUCUGAUUUUUAGCCACAGAUUUCUUACAUUCUGUUGUGCAUCUAGGUGAGGCUCGUCUUCCAUUCUGUGUAGUCAUAGGCGCUGUAUCAUUUCGGGGCCAGGAUUUACUUCAAUAUCCCCACUUUUAAGUAAUAUUUGAAAGGUUGGCGUGGUAUUAGCAUAGUAUACAGUUCGUUUAAACGACCAAGUUUUCCGUCCUUUCCGAUAGCUGAUGAAGACCAAUCCAGUUUGAAAUAACGGCAUUGCCCGACCAGAUGAUAUACAGGUCAAAUGUAUGUCUUUGCUGUUCGAUUCGUAAGCAGAAAAAGCCAACAAGUCAUCACCACGGCACUUAGACGUAUUCACAACGAAUAUAUUAUUAAUAUAUAAGUUGUUAUAAGGUUGCUUAAUGUUUGACGCGUUAGUUCGGCUGAAAUUCCCUUCCUUAUCUAAGGAUACAACAUUACACAAGUUGUAACCGGUCUUCAUAUAUCCAGUACAGAUCAUUCCUUUGCAUUUCAAUCCAAAGUAAAGACAAAUAAACAACAAAACCACGGAGCUCCAUACCAAACGCACCGCCAUUUUGUGCUGAAUGCCGCUUACCGGUGGUGAUAUAAUCUUGUGUUUGUUCGCCCUCUUCGGCGAGCAACCUUUCCUCGUCUUCGUCCGAAAAAUUGGAUUUUUCUUUUGCUUCAUUCACCUUGGCGUCUGCCAUGAUCGAAAGCUUACUUACGUGAUUCCUAUGUGACGCGUAGACUAUGAUGAGGUAGAAUUGUCUUUCAUGCGCACGUACACGGACAGACAGGUUGAAAUGGCUUUCUAAGUUUUAUAUAGGUACUAAUUAAUUACCUCAACAAAUCCACUUUAAAUCCCAUAUUCACACAACUAAAUGAUGUACUUUUCUUGGAUUGCUUAAUUUGAAAUAGAAAUCAUGUGUUCCGAACUUAUUUGUACCAACUUAGACCUGUACUUGACGUAUUCUUAAUUAAUAGAAUUAGAGCAUGCAUUUCACGAUUUGCCAUUUCUUCUUUCCAGAUACCUUCGUGACAAAAAUUAUGAUGGAUAUUAUUAUAGCAAGUCUCAAAAUUUAAGACGAGAAGUGCGUCAGGCAUAUGAUGAGGCGUUCAAGAAGUAUGAUGUUCUUAUCAUGCCAACCAUUCCUAAGAAAGCUUCACAAUUUCCAUCAAAGAAUCCUUCUUUGACUGGUAAGUAUAUAUACUGUUAAUUUUAAUACUAAGUUGAUCUUAUCAUUAUAGAGCUGCGGGCCUGCGGCAGCUAGAAUAUAUAGAGAGCUUAGCAUAAAUUAGUACGUCAACGUCGUCAAGUGUACAUUCUCUCAUGAAAUAUGGCGUCAGCAGUAUUUACAGUCAAAAACGGAAAUCUAUGCAGUUUCACGCGAGGGGUACCCUGGGUGGCAAUAUACAAUUUCGGCUCGUGAUUUCGCGCGCUUUUCUUAACUCGAGCAACAUUCCCAAGUGUUUGGAUCAGGCCAUCCAAACACGGAAACCAUAAAGUAACUGUUUUAUAAAAUAACAACUUUUCGUGUUAAAAUUUCACUUUAAAAAACUUUCACUUUAAAUUUCUGAUCCAAACACGGGUUUCGACCAAUCAGAGCACACGUUAUAUACAUGUUAUUUUAUAAAGGUUCUUCCAUGCUUGCAAAAAAAACUUACGUCAAUUAGCAACGGACGGACUCUAGUAGGAAGUCCCUUUAUAGGUGGUCCCACUAUAGGAGAUCCCGCGAUUUCAAGCAAGAACAUUCCAAAGAACAUUCAAAUAUACAGAGGAACCAAAAUCUGGAACGCAUUGCAUAACGAGGAUUUAAAAUCCAUUGUUGAUAUCAACAAUUUUAAAUCUAAAUUAAAAGCAGGACUUAUACAAUUUACAUUUUAAUCGUAACUGUAAAUUGUCAUUGAAAAACUCAUUUGGGAAUGUCAAUAAUUUAAAAUUAAAAUUAAGAACGACUGUCGUAAAGUUUUGUACAUGUAUCCGGCUCAUGUUGACAAACUGGAAGUCCAGAUGCUUGGUGUAAGCUAAAACUCUAAAACUGACUCCUUAAAAGUUAUGUGCUCUAUCAACUUUUCAUUUUCAGUAACAAUGUAAAUAAUAGCAUAGAAUGAAAAUUGCAUUCUUUCUGACACUCUAAAACACUCAUAUUAUUGGUUAACAUUUUCUGGUUAAUUUAACUUAGAAAUAACCCUAUUUAAUUGGGUUAUAUUCCUGGUUAAUUUUCCUGGUAAUUUUAACCUUUUUCGUGCUUAUUUUAACCUAUUGCCUAGUUGAUUUAACCAGGACGUCCUGGUAUUAUUUUAAUUAUCCUAUACACCUUUCAGGACAUCAAGUGCAAUCCAAAUAAUUUACUAUUAUAGCGCCGUUUAAACUAUUCUCAGGCUUGGUGUUGGUGCGUGGUCAGAACAGUGAUUUAAAAACUUAAUUCCUAAUUAUUUUUAACCUAGAAUACCUUGAGAAAACGUAUGAGAUGAACCACAACACGGGCCCAUUUAAUCUCACAGGUCAUCCAGCUUUGUCCAUCAACGCUGGAUUUUCUCAUGGGUUACCUGUGGGAAUGAUGAUUACUGGUAAAAUGUUUGAUGAAGUGACAGUACUAAAAGUGGCGUAUACUUUUGAACAACUACGUGACAAUGUGCAGUAAAGUAAGAUUCAAAUUAAAUGAAUUUGUGUACACACAGUGAGUUGUGGGGCCUAUUGCAUGUGAAUAUAUAGACUCGUACUUCUUGUAGUAAAAAUAUGGUACACUGAAGCUCAUAGACAAAAAUAUACCAAAAAAUACUGAAAUCUAAGUAGUUUUGUGUUUCUCUCCACUCCUUCAAAG